AAAAAGUAUGCACCAUUUAAUAGUUGCAACAGGGAAUGUUUCGACGUGUUUGAUGCUGAUAAUAUCUUUCUUUUUUUUCUCUUUCUUUCUUUCGUUUCUUCUUUUUGUAAAAUCACGAAUAAAUUGAUCCUAAUCUGUUUGACAUUUCGUGUUGUUACGAAUCUAAUUUCCUCUCCUCCGCUUGCCCCGGCCCCCUCGUCCACCUUGUUGAAAAGUAUUUUUAAGAGAAAUGAAUCGAGCGAAAAAAAAAGAGAAAAAAAAAAGAAACGAAUCCUUCUUGAGAAUAAUUAUUCAUGAACGACUAUCCGAUUGGUUAUUUUUUCUUUCUUACUUCCCCCUCCACCUCUCUCUCUCUCUCUCUCUCUCUCUCUCUCUCUCUCUCUCUCUAUCUCUCCAUUACCUACAUCUCUUACGUAUUCUUUCUAAUUCGCAUUCAUUAAAUGGUUAAGCAAUAUUUAUGAGCAGAAAAAGUUUGGUAAUAAAUUUUCAUGACACGUGUUUCGGUAUUGGUGAUGAUGAGUCUUUUUAAGUUGGUUGGUCGGUCGAUUGGUUGGUUGGUCGGUUGGUAGGUUAGUUGAUAAUCUUCUUCCUUAAUUGAGUUAUUACACGAACGAAUUAAGACGGAACAGAACGCAACAUCCUAAAAUAGGGAUUUUCGAAAUUGUUUGCCACGUUGCCGCUCAAACGCAAACUCUUAAAUUAUUCGAGAAAAUUUAAUAUUCGACGGGAAAUUUUUUUGCUUCCUCUCGGCAAAAAGGAAAGAAACAACAACAAAAAUUAAAAAAAAAAAAAAAAAAAAAAAAAAAAAAAAUAAAAAGAACAAAAAAAAGACAUACCAUUGACGAAUUUUUUCUCGCCAUAAAGAGAAAUAUAUUACUAUACGCAAAUAAUUCUCAUGGGGGAAAAAAAAAGUUCUGAUAUCACUCAAGAGUAGAGAAAUCCUUUUCUCUCUCUCUUCUCCUCACUUUUCCCCACAAUUGAAAUACCAGAACCACGUAGUGGUUGUUUGUCAAAACGUGAAACACACUGAAGAGAAAAAUCUAGCGCUGUGUUGCUCCUGCAUCUGUCUCUCUCUCUCUCUCUCUUUCUCUCUCUCCAACAUCACCAUCCCCACCCCUUCUUGACAAAAAAAAAUAGAAACAAAAAAUAAGGAAGAAAGAAAGAAAUUGUCGAGCUGUAAAUACGAGCUAGAGAGAGAGAGAGAGAGAGAGAGAGAGAGGAAGAAGUUAGUGAAAAGAUAUAAAAACGAUGACGCUGAGAACAAUACGUUGAAGUUUCAUGUUGCCCGGCACGGCGGCGUCGGCGUAAGCUUUCGCGAGCAAAAUGCGAGAUAAUUGAAAAAAAGUAAUGGUUUUGUUCUCGCCGACGGUGACGUGUCCCUCCGUAAAUUAAAUUCCCUAGAGCGUGCGACGCGCUCCUGUCUUUUUUUUUCCCCUUUCUAUUUUUCUCUUCUUCUACCUUCUUUUUUUUUCACGUUUUUCUUCUUUUCCUUCUUACAUUUUCGUUUUUCUCUUUUUAUUUUUAUUUUUGUUUUCAAUCGCACGUAACGAAACUACAUACUUGUUUGCUUGCUUGUUUACUGACUUUACUCAUACGAUUUGGUUUAUUUAUUUCGUUACAUAAAUAAUUGUAGAUAUUAUUAGAACGUUCGAUGUUCACUUCUUCGAGAUUAUUCGUCAAGAUAUAUAUAUCCUGUUUUUUUGUAGAAAUAAAUAACAAUGUCGAAUCGUCGUGAUAGAAAAAAUUUAAAUGAUACGAGAUAAAAAAUUGUAUCGAACAAUAUGUUGUCAAUAUUGGAACGAAUAUCGUCAACUAGACGAGGUGGCCGAGUGGUUAAGGCGUUGGACUGCUAAUCCAAUGUGCUCUGCACGCGUGGGUUCGAAUCCCAUCCUCGUCGAGGAUAUUUUUUUUUCUUUUUCCAAUCUACGAAAUAAUAAUAAUAAUAAUAAUAAUAAUUAUAAUAAUAGUAUUAUAUAAUAAUAAUAAUAAUAGUAAUAAUAAUAUGUAAUUUGAUCGAAUGUUAAUAUCAUUGGGUUUAUAGGAGCAAUUUAA